GAAGCAUCUGUGCUUUAAUGCCCCAUCAAAGACCAAACUCCAGCAAAAAGUGACAAUAAUUUUAUGUCCUGGCUCAGCAGCAAGAGGAGGAGGAGUAAUCUGGACGAGAGAGUGACUUGGAGACAUUAAAGGGAAUCACUGCACCGCGUGAAUACUGCAGUGCGCAUGACGCAGGUGUUCGCCGAAAAAAAGUUUGGAGGAGAAGCGAAACUCUGCGGAAGAGGCGACGUGAGUGCACAAUAACACAGACUGGACCAACUGUGACAUCUGCGCAAUGGGCACCGAUGAAAGAAGAACCGGUGUUGGUGAUUUCACCUGCCUGUGUUGUUUCUGAUCACAUUCAUAUCGCUCAGAAAUGAUGAAGGGCUUUUUACUGCGCUGUGUUCUCCUCUGGGCGAUGUUGCAGCGGAGCAACACGCAGAUUGCUCUACCUGCCACAGUGUUGAACUGCUGUGAAGGGGAUAUACUCAUUCUGCUGGAUUCUUCAGGAAGUGUAGCAAACUACGAGUUCGUGCGCCUGCUGCACUUCACCACCGAGCUGUUUCGCCCCUUCUCACUGGGCCGUGGGCACGUAAGAAUCGGGCUGCUGCAGGUGGGCACAAAGCCGAACCUGGAAUUCGACCUCGACGUCCACAACAAUCAAGACAGUCUGCAGAAAGCUCUGCAGAGUGUAAGGCAGCUGCAGGGAGACACCAACACUGAGGAGGCGCUAAGAGUGGCCCUGCGGCUUUUGACAGAGACAGACGAGGAUGUGCCAAAGAUACUGCUGUGGCUGACUGAUGGUGUGCAGCCUGGAGACGUGGAAGAGCUGAUGUCUGAGCUGAAGGCGCGGGGAGUCUAUGUGUUAGCUGUUUCUACAAUACAUGCCAACUACCAGCUGUUACUGCGUUCAGUGACACCUCCAGUGGAGUCUCACCUCUACUUUGUGGACAUAGAGAGCAUUGACAUCAUCACAGAGGACCUGAGGGAGGCCAUUAUCAAAAUAAUUCGUGCAGAACGGCUGCGCGUUGUUCACUUGACUUCCCACAGUGCCGUGCUGCAGUGGCGUCCCGUUCUGACCAAAGACAGCGGUUACUAUGAGCUCUCUUACAACUCUAUGCAGGAAACAGACACUAAAACUAGACGGGUUCUCCCAGGCGACUCCAGCUGGGUGGAGCUGACCAACCUGCAGCCUGAUACCACCUACACAGCAACCCUGCACCCAGAGUCCAACCAGAGGCUGUUCAACACACUCUCUGUUAACUUCACCACACUUCCUGAUGUUUUAAGCCCUGCAGUGGUCUCUGUGUCAGACUCUGGCCCUCGUCAGAUCCGUGUGGGCUGGGGUCCCCUGCAACCGGCUCGAGUCCAGAGAUACACGGUGGAGUAUGGAGCUUUUCCAAGUGGACACGUCCGCACCGUGACCUUACCCAGCCAGCAGAACUCUACCUUACUGACAGGCCUGGAGCCGGGCACUCAGUACCUGGUCACAGUCAGCGCUCUGUAUGUGGACGGAAAAGAAAGAGCCAUGUCUGUGAGGGCAUGCACUCAAGAGGCAGCUCUGCCAGCCUUAACUGACCUUAAGCUGACCCCAGUGGAGCGUCAGGAGGUGCAGGUAACGUGGAAGGCCCAUCAGGAAGGUUUGAAAGGCUACUGGCUGAGCUGGGAGAAAGAAAACUCUCACAGAUCCUCCUCGAAGCCCUCCAUCUCCUCCGUCUACCUGCCUCCUAGUUCUCUUUCAACACGUCUCACACACCUCGCACCAAGCAGUCGAGUGUGUGUGUCCCCGGUCUACAGCUCAGGCCGAGGAGACGGGCUCUGCUGCACUGCAGAGAGACACACAGAUACCAGGCAGCGGGGUUAACAACCAGAGUCUGCAGCAAUCAGGCAGCUGGAGCAAAAGCAGUGGGUGAAAUGGAGCAUUUUGAGUACUGGAUGCACUUGAUAACUUGUGCAGGACUGAAUAUUAUUAUGAAUAUUAUUAUUCUAUGUUAAAAUGUUCAUCUUGAAAUGAAUUACAGUGACUGAAAAGGCUUUAUCGCAUAACUCCAGCCCUCUGUCCACACAAUGGCUGAGAAAAAUCUGGCAUAAUUAUUAAUUUUUAUCAUCAACUUUGCAGGAAGGCUGCGCACCGCAGCACCACACAUUUGUUCUCACAUAUCAGUCAGGAACAUAAACAGUUACAGAGAAUGCUGGUAGGCAGCGUUCACAGUUUGUGUGAGGAAUUUCUGAUAUUGCCAAUUAUUAUUUAUUAUUAUGAUUAACAGUCUGUAAUGUCAGCCUUCUCUUAAACUGGACUGUUACAUAUUUACAGCUGUAUUUACUUGAAACUACAUGAAAAUGCUCUUUCCUCGUUGAAAGUUCUUAACGUGGUAAAUGUAAAGUGUUGCCCUGCUCUGUAUUUUCCUUUCCAGCGGUCCUGCUCAUCAGAAUUGCUGACAUCACCCGUCACAAGUUUUAAAGAUCUAGUGUGUAGGAUUUAGUGGCAUCUAGUGAUGAGGUUGCAGAUUGCAACCAACUGAAUCUUCUCCUGUGUGUCAAGUGUGUAGGAGAACUAUGGUGGCUGAUGCAAAAACGUGAAUGGAUGCAUCUAGAGCCACACCCCUUCAGAAAUUACAUAAUAUGCACUACACAUCCAAUCUGAUGUGUACUAUUGUUCAACCAGGGGCGUGUAUAGACACUACAGGCAGUGUGGUUGCACUAGGACUCAUGGGGUGGGGGGGGGCCCGUAGCGAGAGUGUCUGUCAAGAGCAGAGAGCGGGCCCUUGGAAGUGAUUCAACUUGCCACCUCAGAGAUAUGCCUGUGUUCAAAGACAAAUACACAUUAAAAUACAAAUGCUGUCAUCUACUGCCCUGCGUUACUCUGGUGACCGUCCAGGAUGUAUUCCGCCUCUUGCCCUAUGUCAGCUGGGAUAGGCCCCGGCCCCCACGCAACCCCAAAAGGAUAAGCAGUUACGGGAAAUUAAUGAAUGAAUGUAUAUAAACCAAAAAUAAAUUAUUCGAAAAAUCCAUUUAAUGAAUAAAUUCUUAUCUUAUUUGUUUUUUUUGUCAUACACAGAUUUGCAGUGUUGAUUGGUAAAAUGUGUUGAUGUUGUCCAACGUCAAAUCUGUAUUUGAUCAUGUGACGAUACUAUAAAACAUACGGUAGUUGUUUCGGCGCAAAAUAUGGCACUCGGUCUCGUCAAAAUACGGCGCACUUGGGCCCAUCUUAUCUAUCGUACGCUACUGUGUUCAACAUACUUUUGCAGAAACACCCAGUAGUAUGCGUCUUUUCAGACACACUGAGCUGUAUUUACCACGUGAUUUCCUGAAAGCCUUCUUCUAGGUUGGAGACACAUGACCAUGGUAACCUGUGCCAACCUCAGCUCUAUCGGUAAUAUAAAAACAAUUUUAAAACUAUAUUACGCCUAGCAAAGUCAAAUCUUAGACUUCCUGCAUAGUUACACUGAGUCAUUUAGUUACAAAGCUGUCUCAAUUGCUGUCCGUUUUAAACGUUGUCCUCCACACAUUGCAUUUUGGGAUAUUUAUGCUAAGGUUUUGGGCAUACUUAAAAAAUCUCACAUACUAUUUUAUCGUACUAAAUAACAGCCCCAGUGUUUGGUUUGUCCAUUCUGGGCUACUGUAGAAAUAACAUGGCGGACUCAAGGAGAGAGGGGCCGCUCCAUAUGUAGACACAAACAGCUCAUUCUAAGGUAACUUAAACACAGUGAUUCUUAGUUUCAGGGAAUUAUACACAAAUGAAAACAUUAUUAUGAAUCUUAUAUACCAUUUCUGCCAUAAUACCCUCCUACAUCCUACACACUGGACCUUCUAUAGCAGUAAAUGAUAUGUUUCUGGGUCAAGGCUUGGCUCAUCUGAGAAAUGACUAUAGUCUGAAUGGAGAUUUGGUUACAAUGCCUGACACAAGAUAAGCUUGAGGAAAUUACAUGUUAUCAGUACAAAUAUUUGAGGUACCAUAAACCACAAAACACUGUGUGUUGUAGAGCAAAAGCUGUGCAAUUAAAAACACAAGUGCCCUGAUAAACUGUGACCUGAGAUGCUGAACCACAUAAUUGCAUUUAGUUUUCACUUCGUUUAAAUUGGUGAAAAAGAGACAAUGUGAUGUGAGCAUCAAUUCGGAGGUCUGGAACUACAGAGCUACAGGUCUCCUUAACCCCUUUAAACCUUAAUACGACAUAAUGUUUUCAAUUUAAUGAUGUCUUGUUUAGCCUGAAGCUGAAGAAGCUUUGAAUGCCAUGUUAGAGGACUGCGACCUUGCGUGUUAGUCUUUUUCUCAAAUUGAUGCUAAUUCAUCCUUUGAAACUUAUAAAAGCAGUGUUCAUUUUUGUCUAAAUGAUUUGAUAUAAAAGUUGUUGCUACACACAGAGUUAUCAAAUCCAUGUAGGGGAUGCAGGCAACAAAUCAUUGUAGUGAUACAUGCUGGCAAAUAUUUUGGAAUUUUUUUUAGUAUAUGACCAAAUGUCUGCUUGUUUUCUGUCAUUUUGUUCAUUAUAUGGAAAAACUCAAGCAUGAAUAACUCAGAAAAAGCUUUUUUUAUGUCUGAACAGACACCUUUAUGACUGUCUCUUGGUUUCACUGAUGUACAUUUAGCAGCUGUGUCGUGUGCCACACAGGCGGUAUAAAAUCAGUCAGGUGUGUUUCUGCGUUACUGGCAGUGAGACAACACAGAGUGGUGUGGUGCCUGAAGAUAACUGUUGUAUUAUAUGUUACCGGCUAUGUAGAUAAGACUGAAUUCCAAAUUGUAUCUGCAUCCUGUUUCUGUACUUUCUGUACAGUGCCCAUAAGUAUUAAGUGCUGAUAGAGAAUAUGUACUGUGAAUAAAUAUAUUUAUAUAUAUUGUUACUAUUUGUUUUGUGUUUAACUAAAUAUGCUGUUGAAUUUGUGGCCGGGUUUGUCUGGUAAAAUGUUUCUCUAGGCAAAUUAAAAGACAAGAGAAGGAUGAUUCCUAUUUAAAGUAUUUGCACAGUGUCCACAAGCAUUGGAUUUUUUUUUUCUAAAUUGGGAGGGAAUAAAAAAAA